CUAAUAGCCGGUAACGUCCCUUACGGUCAAUUAGCCUUCCUGUCUCGCCGUGAAAUUCAUUUCCACCUCUAUAUGCAUCGGAAACCUAAUCGGCAGGCCGACAUUUGAAUCCUCGAGGAUUGAACCUCCCUGAGCUCUUCCUCGCACUGGACAAAGUUUCAGCUCUUUAAACUUGUAUAGCUAAGUGCAUUGAUCAAUUCAGUCUCCAAUUCAAUUCGCUCUCAGGUAUGCUCUUCAAAGCCUACACUAUAUCUUCCCCCUUGAACGCGCUCAGACGCUCUUCUCUCCAAUUCACAGCCUCAAUUUCAAGCCUCAAAGUAGUUUGGCGCAAAGACCGCCUUCUAGACCAAGCCAUAGAAAACGAUAAACAAUGGAGGCUCUGUGCAAGAGUCGUGAAAGAGGUCCUAAACGAACCUGGUCAAGUAAUCCCACUUCGGUACCUAGAGAAACGCCGCGAGAGAAUUCGAUUACCCAUCAAAGUCAAGACUUUUCUUGUCCGGAACCCUGGUUUGUUCGAUGUUUACCUCGACCGGAUCAAACCCAAAUCUGAACCUGUGAUGUUUCUUCGUGCUAGCGAUAGGCUAAGGCAGUUUUUAGAAGAAGAGAAAAGGAUUACUAUCGAAAAUGAGCCGUUAAUUGUUGCGAAAUUGUGUAAAUUGUUGAUGAUGUCGAAGGAUAAGGUGGUUAGUGCUGAUAAAUUGGUACAUGUGAAGAGGGAAUUUGGGUUUCCAAAUGAUAUUUUGGUGAAUUUGGUCCCGAAACACCCUGAAUAUUUCAGGCUAGUCGGAUCUCCGGGAGAGGGGAAAUCAUUCUUAGAGUUGGUUUCUUGGAAUUCUAGCUUUGCAAAGUCGGCAAUUGAGCAAAGAGCAGAGGAGGAAUUUAGGUUGACGGGGAUAAGAGUUAGGCCUUCGUUUAAUUGGAAGCUUCCAUCGGGUUUUUUCAUUAGGAAGGAAAUGAGGGAGUGGAUUAGAGAUUGGAUGGAGCUCCCCUACAUAUCGCCAUAUAAUGAUGCUUCUCAUUUGGAUCAGGCCUCGCGAGAAAUGGAGAAGAGGACAGUGGGGGUUUUUCAUGAACUGCUAUCACUUUCACUUUACAAGAGGAUUCCGGUGCCAAUUUUGGGGAAGUUUUGUGAUGAGUACAGGUUUUCGAAUGCAUUCUCAAGUGUAUUCACGAGGCAUUCAGGGAUAUUUUAUAUGUCAUUAAAAGGCGGAAUUAAGACUGCGGUGCUGAGGGAAGCAUACAAAAAUGAUGAACUGAUUGAUCAAGAUCCACUUCUUGAUAUAAAAUACAAGUUUGUUGAGUUGCUGGCGAAGGGUCACAGACAGAGGACGGAGCAACUGACGUUGCAAAGAGAAUUGAUUCAGAAAGAAAUGGAAAUGAUGGCAGUGCGGAAUAGUGAAUUAGGCUGUCAUGAAAGCAAUGAAGAAUUGUGA